AGGCGAGACACGUUUACUUCCGGUGUGAUCCUCCCAUGCUGUGGACACCGGGGAGCUGCAGCACGUCUGUGUCAGUGUUGUUUGAUUUAAAGUUGUGCAUGUGAUAGAACAAUGGUGGGGAAGAUUAAACACGUCCGUCAGAGGAUUCACCAGGAGGCGGUGAGGCUGGAGAGGCCGAGCAGCCUCGCUCAGAGCCCGGGUUCGGAGCUACGAUCCCCGGGGUUGGAGAAACUUCCUGCUGCCUCGUUUUUCUCCAUCAAACCUCCACUCCUGGAAAACAAGGAGAGUGACACUUCCACAGAUCCUGAACAGCCUGUUGCAGCCAGCUCGUUCCCUGCUGGGAUCUUUGCCGGAACCAAAAUCAGCCCAGAGGUUCUCAAACAGACGCUGAAGUUCGAGGAGCCUCCAGAAGAGCCGGUACCUGCUCCGAAAGGUCCAGAGGAGAGGAAGCUGAAGUCAAAGAAAGAGAAGAUGAAGGAGCGGAGGGAGCGCUGGCUGCACAAGAUCAGCUCCAUCAAACAGGCGAAGGAGCGUCAGGCAGCCGAGGCGCGGCGGCAGGCCACACCCGUGGUGGGCGACAUGAGGCCGUUAGCCGAAGCCCUGCCCGAGCUCUCUCAGCUCAUCGCCCCCACUGCCGCCACCGCGGCGCCCGCUGCUCGCCGCAAGAGCCGAAAGAACAAAGUACCGGUGAAGCGGCCUGAGCCAACAGACUUCAGCCAGAUGAAACAGUCUCAGAAGCGUAGACUCCUGGAAGCAGAGACCAGCCGCUUCGGAGACGCAGUGAAGACCCUCUCCGCCAAAAUGAACCCUCUGGUGGACAUCGGAGAGCAGCUGAGGAAGAGGAUGAGGAAGGAAGAGGAGCAAGGUCCCAGCUAACAGCUGAGCUCUGUGAGAGACUGAAGGAUUCCACAGAGGAACAAAGAUCGCUUCACACCUGGGCCGGGUUUCACAUCUACCUGAGUCUGAAGGACGGAUGGAUGUAACGUUGGUCUCUGGAGGAAAAAUCAAAGUGUUACUUUAAGACAUGAGAUAUCUAACGUGUGAAGAUGAUGCUCAGGUGUCUGUGAAAGGAGUGACUCCACUCGAGGUCACACAUUCAGGACGCUGCAGCCUGAUCACAGACUCAGAGAGGACAUGUAUCGAGUCGUCUGUAACGUCUAUAUUUCCUCCUCAGUAAUAAACGACAGAUCAUUUCAUAUCAACAUGAA